UGACAGUGAAAAGAAAUGGCUUCACGAAUGGCGAUCUUGACCCGAACACGGACUCUAUGCCUUCUAAACCAAACCAAAUCCAUUUCCACAUACCCUUUCCUCUCUCAGGAACCCCAACUCGCCGAGUCGACUGACACCACUCAGACUACCCCUCUCCCUCCCAACCCAGCGUCCGGAAGCCCUCUCUACCACGAGAACUGGCGAAACCCAAACGCGGCCCAAAACUCAACUUCCCUAUCUCAAUCCUUGAUCCCCCUCGGCUUCCUGGUCCAAGCCCCGGGUCACCGGAUUCAGUACUUAUCCGAAAAUCUCGACGCGCCGGCUUUAAUGAACCAUUUCGCCGGUUUGAUGACUCAGCAACGAUGGGCCGACGUGAAAGAGCUUUUCGAGUUCUGGGUUCGAUCGCUGGAUAAGAAUGGGAAGCCCAAUAAGCCCGAUGUGAAUCUUUAUAAUCAUUAUUUGAGAGCUAAUUUGAUGAUCGGAGCAUCUGCCGGUGAUUUGCUUGAUUUGGUGGCGCAGAUGGAUGAUUUUGCCAUUGUUCCCAAUACAGCGUCGUUUAAUUUUAUUUUAAAGGCCAUGAACCAGGCUAAGGAAACUGAAGCUGCUAAGAAGUUGCUUGAACGGAUGCUGCAGGGUGGAGCAGAAUCUUUGCCUGAUGAUGAUUCUUAUGACUUGGUUAUUGGGAUGCUGUUUGAGGCAGAACAGAUUGAUGCAGCCUUGAAAUAUGUAGAUAUGGCCUUAAAAUCUGGUUAUUUGUUGUCUAUGAGAGUAUUUACUGAAUGUGUGGGGAGCUGUGUUCGCCAAGGCCGGCUUGAUACUUUGGUUACUGUUAUUGAGAGGUGCAAGACAACAGAUCAGAAUAGAGCUCUUUAUCCAAAUUGGAAUUUGUGCAACUAUCUUGCAGAAGUUGCAAUGCAAGCGGAUAACAGCAAGUUAGCAUUUUAUGCGUUGGAAUUCAUGGCCAAGUGGAUUGCUCGGGGUGAAAUUGCAAGGCCACCUUUCUUGCUUUCCGUAGAUCAAGGCUUAAUUGUCUCAGCAUUCGCAACUGCAGGUAGGACCUACAGUUCAAACCUGUUGGAUGCGUCCUGGGCAAUCCUACGGCGGUCAUUGCGUCAAAAGAAGGUGCCUAGCCCUGAAUCUUACCUUGGGAAGAUGUAUGCUCAUGCAUCAUUGGGGAAUCUACAGAAAGCUUUUGGUACACUGCACGAGUUUGAGGCAGCUCACAGGAAUUCCAUUAAUGAAGCAGAAGAUUUGUUCUCGCCUUUUACCUCUUUAUAUCCAUUGGUUGUGGCUUGCUCCAAGAAGGGUUUUGAGACUUUGGAUUCAGUAUAUUAUCAACUUGAGAAAUUAAGCAGUGCAGACCCUCCAUACAAGUCCGUUGCUGCUCUGAAUUGUAUAAUUUUGGGUUGUGGAAACAUAUGGGACAUUGAGCGUGCCUACCAAACGUUUGAUGCGAUAGGUUCUUCUUUUGGGUUGACCCCUGAUAUUCAUUCAUAUAAUGCUCUAAUGUAUGCAUUUGGAAAGCUGAAGAAGACUUUUGAAGCUUCAAGGGUGUUUGAACACAUGCUGAGCUUGGGUGUGAAACCCAAUGCUAAGUCAUAUUCUUUGCUUGUUGAUGCUCAUCUCAUCAAUCGAGAUCAAAAAUCUGCUCUUUCUGCAAUUGACGAGAUGGUGACUGUUGGAUUUGCACCCUCAAAAGAAACACUAAAAAAGGUCAGAAGGCGAUGUAUACGAGAGAUGGACUAUGAGAGUGAUGAUCGAGUUGAGUCCUUGGCAAAGAAGUUCAAUAUUCAAAUGGGCUCAGAAAACCGCAGGGGCAUGCUUUUUGAGCUUGACUAUGGCACUGAAUAUGCAUCAGCAUCAUAGAUUCAGGUCUAAUUUAUGUUGGAAAUACAAUGAUGAUUGGGGGUUCACCAAGUUCACAUGUUGCAAGGUCCAAUGAACCCACUUGACUGUACAUUAUUUGAUUUUUGUCAAUUUUGAGCCUUGGCAGGAUAACUGUCAUGAUUGUAGCUUGUGAAUUUUUACCUAGUUUCCCUAUCCCCAUUUUUUCUUCCUUUAUAUGCUUUCUGAGGAGUAGGAACAAAAUGUUAAUCAAAAGAUACUCAUAUGUUGAUGAAUAAAUUAUAAAUGUAGAACCAUCCCAAUUAUUUAAGGAGCAAAGAGCAUAUAUUUCUUCA